AUGAGCGUAACAAAAAGUGAUCUUUCGAAUGCGAAUAUACUAAUAACCGGCGGGGCGGGCUUCAUUGGAAGCUGGGUGGCCGAGGACAUUGCCGUCAAGAAUACCGCUGGCACUAUUGUUAUUAUUGACAAACUCAGCUACUGCUCAAGCACCAAGAACCUGUACGAGCUCAUUGAUAGGCAGAACGUGCACUUUGUACGAGGCGAUGUGGCAAACUACGACCUGGUGAACGAGGUGGUAUCCGAAUUCGAGAUCUCGAUCAUCCUACAUUUCGCUGGCGAAUCGUCUGUGGACGUCUCGUUUCAAAAAGGGGUCGAGUUCACUCAGUCAAACACGAUUGGUACACAAACGCUACUGGAGGUGGCGAGACGACACAAGAACCAAAUCCAACGCAUACUCUACUUUUCCACCGACGAGGUGUACGGGGAAAUUGGCCUGGACAGCCCGCCCGUAGAUGAGUCGGCCCCAUUGGCACCCACUAACCCAUACUCGGCGUCAAAAGCGAGCGCAGACCUUAUUGCAUUGUCUUAUUUGAGAGCAUUCAAUCUCCAGCUGGUCAUAACUCGAUGCUGUAACGUCUAUGGCCCCAGACAGUAUCCGGAGAAACUCGUGUCUGCACUAGCUGCUAGCAUGGACGGCCGGAGAGAAUUUACAGUGCAUGGAGACGGUUCAAACAGGCGAUGUUACAUAUACAUAACCGACGUUGUGUCUGCGGUUGCCACGAUUUUGCUGCAAGGCGAGCCGGGCCAAGUGUACAAUAUAUCCACCACCGACGAGAUGUCGAAUCUGGAGAUGGUGCAGAAAAUAUGCGGCAGCAUUGACAAGCUGUCUGCAACCGUGAAAUUCGGUCAAGACCGUCCUUAUAACGAUCAGCGGUACUCUAUGUCAUUUGAUCGUUUGACCGCCCUGGGGUGGGAACGGCAAAAAUCCCUGACUGACGGGUUAAAAGAAACAUUACAAUGGUACGACUUACAUAGCACCGAAUGGUGGAAUUAG